ACACACCUCCAUCUUUCGUAAAUUUCUUGACUAUCAUCAUCAUACACAAACAAACAAUAUGCCAUUUUUGUUUGAAGCGUAACUAAGAAUUUCAUUUUCCACCAAAAAGAAAUUAAAUUGAGCUAAUAAUUUCCAUUAUAUAUUAGACUCAACAUUCCAUUUUUUUCUUCAACUAAUCCUAACCGAAUCGAAUCAAUCGCAAGAAGAAGAUGAAACCAGCUUGUUCAUUGUUGUUUUUGUUUCUGUGUUUCUCAUGUGUAUUUUGUUUCAUUCCACCUCGUACGCUACUUCUUGACAAAUUGUCUGAAGGAAGAUUCCUCAGCACUGAUGUCAUAUGGUUCAAUCAAACUCUCGAUCACUUUUCUCCAUAUGAUCACCGUCAAUUCCGGCAACGUUACUAUGAAUUCCUAGACUAUUUCCGGGCUCCGGAUGGACCAAUUUUCUUGGUGAUAGGUGGUGAAGCAACAUGCAAUGGGAUAGUAAAUGACUAUAUUGGUGUACUGGCAAAGAAGUUCGGAGCAGCUGUGGUUUCUCUUGAACAUCGCUAUUAUGGAGAAAGUACCCCAUUUGAUACUUUCUCGACGGAAAAUUUGAAAUAUCUUUCAUCCAAGCAGGCACUCUUUGAUUUGGCUGUUUUUCGCCAGUAUUAUCAGGAUUCUUUAAAUGCAAAGCUGAAUAGAUCAGGAGUUGAAAAUCCAUGGUUCUUUUUCGGUGGCUCAUAUUCUGGAGCACUCAGUGCAUGGUUCCGUCUUAAGUUUCCCCAUUUAACAUGCGGAAGUCUUGCCAGUUCUGCCGUUGUUCUUGCUGUUCAAGACUUCGCCGAAUUCGAUCAACAGAUUGGUGAGUCAGCUGGUCCUGAGUGUAAAGCAGUAUUACAAGAAACUACUCAACUCGUUGAAACAAAGCUUGCAGACGAUGGAAAGGCACUGAGAUCAAUUUUUAAUGCAGAUGAUCUUGAAAUUGAUGGAGACUUCUUGUACUAUCUGGCUGAUGCUGCUGUUAUAGCGUUUCAGUAUGGAAAUCCAGAUAAGUUAUGCAAGCCUUUGGUUGAUGCAAAGAACGCUGGCGAGGAUUUGGUGGAUGCAUAUGCCAAAUAUGUCAAAGAGUACUACGUUGGAACCUUUGGUAUCACUCCAAAAAGUUAUGACCAGGAAUAUUUGAAAAAAACUGCAAUCAAUGAAGACAGUUCUACUCGGUUAUGGUGGUUUCAAGUUUGCACUGAAGUUGCGUACUUUCAGGUGGCUCCCUCAAAUGAUAGCAUACGUUCCUCAAAAAUUGACACAAAAUACCAUUUGGACCUUUGCAAAAAUAUCUUUGGAGAUGGUGUCUUUCCUGAUGUUGAUGCCACUAAUUUAUACUAUGGAGGCACAAAAGUUGCUGGUUCAAAAAUAAUAUUUACAAAUGGCUCACAGGAUCCAUGGCGUCAUGCUUCGAAACAAACUUCAUCCCCUGAUUUGCCUUCCUACCUUAUCAAGUGUAAUAAUUGUGGCCAUUGUACUGAUUUGCGAGGGUGUCCUCAAUCUCCUUUGGUCAUUGAAGGCAAUGAGAAGAAUUGCAGUUCCCCUGAUGCAGUUCACAAAGUAAGGCAAAAGGUUCAAGAAGAUAUGGACUUGUGGCUAUCUGAGUGCAUCGAUUCAGGAAGAAGUUCUAUGUGAUUAAUUGCGUACAAGCGACAUCAUGAUACAAUAACUUAUGACCAUGAAAUAUAUCACCCUUUGUAUUAACUGAACAAUCAUAAGGCAGAAGAUAUGUGUACACGUAAUGCUUUUCCUAAGACAUUUCUUGUAUUGAGUGUAUGCUGAUUUCAUCCCCUGAUAAUAGUUCUGUUUCUUCCAUUUAUUGUAAAUUAACCCCAUUGUCUCAUCUUGUUAAUGUGUUUCCCACUUCUUUUUUUUAUAUUUUGGAUGGAUCCUACAUAUACUGCAACAAGAGUCUCAACAAUGCAGGUUGUUUGACUUGCUUAAA